AUGAUGAUGAGGCAUCAUCAAAUUCGCAGGGUUAUCAAAUGGUUUCAAUAACAUGUAAUGGUAAAGAUUGUGAAGCAAGUAAACAAUUAAAAGGUUUGGAACAAGAUUUAAUAGAUGUUAAAUUGAAAUUGGCAGAAAGUGAAGGAUCAAAGGCUAUUCUAGCCUCUCAAUUGGACAGUUUAAGGUCAUUGGUAAAUACCCUCACUGAUAAUGAAUCUAACGAUGAUAAUAAUAAUAGUCGCUUUAUUACUAGGCAUAAAUUUAAUAGUUGUAAUAGUAGAGCAAAACCAGAUAAAAGAACAAGAACUUCUAGCAUUUCAAUUGCUUCAUUUUUUGGUGGUGGCGGAUC